AUGGUGGAUACUAUGGCGCUGACGGUAUCUCUUACGACACGUGCAGGAUCUGGAUGGCCAAAUUCAAGAAAGAAGAUUUUCUCUCCAAAAUGCUCCAAAGUCCGGCCGGCCGAUUUAGUUAGACUCGAAGUUGCUGCAAUCCGCAGUGGAAGAAGAUCCGUACGCCACUACCUGCGAACUUGCAGCGGUGCUGGCCAUGCCCAAUCAACUGCUGAAUCUGGUUUGGAGAAGUCUGGUAAAGUCGCAAAGCUUGACCGUUGGAUUCCUCACCAAAUUCAAUGGUGGGAGACUUUCCUGUCAACCUAA